AGACUUUUUUGAAUGCAUUUUGUAAAAGGCUCUUUGCAAAAAUAAUUAAGUUGUUGGCAUAUCUAUUGAAUGUAGUUAAAAGUUUGUCAGUGUUGCACCAAACGCCAUUCGCCGUAAGGACAACAAACGUAAUUUUAGCACAAUUUAGAGCAGCAUACUUUAAAAGGACACACAAUUUGUAUAUAAAAAUAGUAAACUUUAUUUAAAGUGUUUCUAAUCUUAUAGCAAUCAUGUGGCCCCUUGUAGCGGGAGUAAUUAGACGCUACAUUCCAAUAUUAACAUUUCCGGUUGCCUUAGUAGUCGGUUUCAUUGGUUAUCACAUUGAGGGGAAAAUAUCUAGAAGAUAUACACCUUCAACGCCAUCAAUAUCUGAACAGCGCAUGGAUCGAACUUUAGAGACAGUGUCUUCGGAAAAUGAAAAAGCAAAGCCGAAAAUACAUAGUCCACUGGAAGUAAAUUUGUCACCGUCUUUACAGAGUAGAAAUUAAAAAUGGAAUAUGUUUUGAAAAAAGAAAUAUACUUUUGAAAUUAUAUUCUAUAAGAUUAAAUACAAUUAAAGGGAAAUUGGGUAUCCUUUGUCAUAUUUGAAAGCAACUGCGUUAUGCUUACAAAACCAUUAGACUGAUCAUAUAAUUUUCCUAGAAUUACGAAUCUUUUAUUUCCUUUUAUUUAUAUACAUAGUUGGUCGCAUUUUUAAAUUUCUGUGAAAUCUGCGAUGAUAGAAACGCUUAAGCGAUUAAAAUUUAAAGUAAUUAUUAAUCAUGUGCGCGUACUUGUGUAUAAUAAAAUAUAGUGAGAUUAUGUAAGUAA